CUUCUCCUUUAUAAAGAGUUUAUUAGCCUACGAAAUCAGUCUCAGUUGUCGGUGAGGCCGGCGGGGCGGAUCCCUAAGAAAUUUAAAGAGCAAGAAAGCAACACAAUAAAGGUAUCUGGUUAUCCUGCUUGUCUCUCGAACAAGUUCCCCUGCGGAUACAUAGAUAUUAAAAUAAAGAUGCCCUCAGCAAUGAAUGGCAACAGGACAAUGCAGUCCGCCAGCCCGGAAGUUGGAUCUGCACCUGGAUCGAUGGGUCAGAUUACCCUUGGGGGGCAGACAUCUGGGGCUCAGACCGAAGCCAUGAAGCAGGUGCUGGGUGUGAUUGAAAAAAAGGUUCGCAACAUGGAGAAGAAAAAGGGCAAACUGGAUGAUUAUCAGGCCAAGAAGAAUAAAGGGGAGCGUCUCAAUCAGGACCAGCUGGAGGCCCUGUCUAAAUUCCAGGAAGUGACCAAUAACUUGGAAUUUGCCAGAGAGUUGCAGAAGAGCUUCCUUACUCUGGGACAAGAUAUCCAGAAAGCCGUGAAGAAGGCCGCCCGGAGGGAGCAGCUGCAGAGAGGGGAGGCUGAGCAGAGGAGGUUGAAGAGUGUCCUGGAGCUGCAGUUCCUGCUGGACCGUCUGGGAGAGGCGUCUGUGAGGCAGGAGCUGAGGCAGGGCAGCGGAGGGGCUUCAAUCCUCGCAGACACCGAACUCGCUGCCCUCGAUGAGUUCUACAAACUCGUUGGGCCAGAACGCGACCAAAACACCAGGUUGACUGACCAGUACGAAGGGGCUUCUCUACACCUUUGGGAGCUGUUGGAGGGAAAGGACAGGACUGUGGCAGGAACAACAUACAAAGCUCUGAAAGAGAGCUUGGACAGAGUGGUGCUAAGUGGGUACUUUAACCGAUCCCAGUCCCACCAGAACGGGGUGUGCACCGAGGAGGAUCCGGAGGUGGAGGUGGAGGUGGAGGAGGUGGAGGAGGAGGAGGUGGAGGAGGAGGAGGCCGAGGAGCAGUUCGCCCAUCCAGAGGCGGAAGUGGUAGAGGACUACACGGAGCCCAUCGAGGUGGAAGCGACGGAGUUUGUAAACAGACAGUUCAUUCCAGACGGCACAUACAGCGGCAGCGAGCAGGAUCAGGGAGAUGAGUGGACCAUAGAAGCAGAGGUGGCAGGUGCGAUGCAGACCGUACAGUUAGCCCCUCCCCACGCGGAGCUGGAAACCCACCCGCUGUCUGCCGCCACCCCAUCCCCCCCGGCGGACCCAGUUGUCAGGAAGCAGGCGGUUCAAGACCUGAUGGCACAGAUGCAGGGACCCUACGACUUCAUGCAGGAUUCCAUGCUCGAGUUUGACGGACAGCCCAUCGACCCAGCCAUCGUGUCAGCUCAGCCGAUGAAGCCGGGCCAGAACAUGGACCUGGCUCAGAUGGUGUGCUCCCCUGUACACCCUGACUCGCGUCUGUCCCAACCCAACCCCGUUACUGUACAGCCUGAACCCACGCAAGUCCCCAUGGUCUCCCCCACGCCUGAGGCCUACUCCACCCCACCCCCCAUGUUCCAGCCCUCACACACGCCAGACCCUCGGCCACCCACAGACUCCAUCAACCCCAUCCAGGCCUCCCUGUCGUCAGAUCAGCCCCCUCCCUCCUCCACGUUCCCCCCCACCUCUCAGACACAGAUCUUCCAGCCUGUCUGCAAGUCCCCCCACACAAGCGGCAUCAACGUCAAUGCAGCGCCAUUCCAGUCCAUGCAGACAGUGUUCAACCUCAACGCCCCCGUCCCACCAGCGAAUGAGACAGAAGCAUUGAACCAGGCCAGCCAAUACCAGAACAACUACAGCCAGGGCUUCAGCAGCCAAUCACAGCUAUCUGCAGAGCAGACUGAGAUGCAGUCGGAACCACUGCAGUCUGUAGGUGCCUUCCACUCGCAGGACCAGUCCCUGCCCAGCUCUGGACACCAGCAGGCCUCCCAGCAGGGCCCAGGUUUUGGCCGGCAGCCACAGGCCUUCUACAACAGCAGGGGCAUGUCCCGCGGUGGGCCCCGCAACGCCCGGGGCAUGGUCAACGGCUACAGGGGAUCAUCCAACGGCUUCAGAGGUGGAUAUGAUGGUUACCGCCCUCCUUUUGCGAACACUCCAAACUCUGGAUAUGGACAAGCCCAGUUCAGCACACCUCGGGACUAUUCCAACAGUAACUACCAGCGGGAUGGUUAUCAACCGAACUACAAGCGAGGAUCGGGCCAGGGACCCCGAGGAGUACCCAGAGGAAACGCCCAGGCCGUGCGAUCCUGAUAAGACUGGUGUUCGUGACUGACCCUCGCUGACCGACUGAACCUGCGCCACACUUAACCUUCAGAGAAUCGAGAAUGCAUUUGUCCCCAGCUCACACUUUCUUUUUUUGUUUCUCAUCAGCGGUAUUCCCAGGCUUUUUGAUCAAAGUAUGCCUGCUUUGAUAUUUGAAAAUAUUAAAUGUUUUAAUGAUUCUAAUUAUGAGCCAAGCUGUAAAUCCUUAAUGUCACAGUUUUAAGCAAGCCUGUGUUUGAAACAAAUAUUCCUGUAAACUUGAAAGAUUUCAUUAAUUUAUUUUUUGUAUAAAAUAAAACACAAAAAUACCUGCCACUGCUGGUCCAUUCCCCGGGAGUUUUUAUUUUGUUUUUGCAGCGCAGCCCCCUUUUUUAAACAUGACGUUAUUUGGUUCUAAAAGCGUUUUUUGUUUUAGUUCUUACGAAGCUCCCAAUUUUUACGUUUGUAAAUUGAUGUUGCUUCAAUAGUUUCAAUAAAGAUGUGUUGCAUUA